GCAUCAGCUAAGUCCUGUCCUGGUAGCUCCAUAGACACACAACACAACAGGCAGCUCCAUAGAAGAGAGAAAACUCCUGCUAGCUAGGUACCUAGACAUGGCCUCCUCCAACUUUGUUCUUCUCACCGUUCUUCUCGCCUUAGUCGCUUCUGGGGCCAUAGCUUCGGAUCCCGGUCCUCUUCAGGACUUCUGCGUUGCUGACAAAGACUCACCUGUGCGUGUCAACGGGCUGCCCUGCAAGGAUGUAAAGGAUGUAAAGGUCGAUGAUUUCUUCCUAGCAGCCAACCUUGACAAGCCAAGGGAUACGACGAUGAGCAAGGUCAAGUCAAAUGUCACCUUGAUCAGUGUGAUGAAGCUGGCAGGUCUCAAUACCCUCGGCAUCUCCAUGGCUAGGAUCGACUACGCUCCACAAGGACAGAACCCACCGCAUACUCACCCCCGUGCCACUGAGAUCUUAACAGUUCUUGAAGGCUCUCUCUACGUUGGUUUUGUCACGUCUAACCCAGACAACAAGUUUUUUAGUAAGAUGCUCAACAAGGGAGAUGUUUUCGUAUUCCCACAGGGUCUGAUCCACUUUCAGUUCAAUCCAAGUUAUGACAAGCCAGCGGUUGCCAUCGCAGCACUAAGCAGCCAGAACCCUGGUGCUAUUACCAUUUCCAAUGCAGUUUUUGGAUCGAAACCACCAAUUGCAGAUGAUGUUCUUGCCAAGGCGUUUCAGGUGGACAAGAAGGUUGUGGAUUGGCUCCAAGCUCAGUUUUGGGAGGACAACCACAACUAAGUCAAAGAUGCUUUUGUCAAGGUUGCUUAUAGCUGUGCAAUAAGAAACAACAUGGAUUAAUUUGAUUUGUCUAUGCGUGUAGAAAAACUAUUGUA